AUGACGGGCCUGACUCCACCUUCCUCGCCACCUCCGCCUUCCGACAGCUCACUUGAACAUAUGCCACCACCUCUGCAACAAGAGUGCAAUGCACUGUCUGCACAAGUGGAAGAACUAACGCGCCUUCUAGCAAAAGAACGAGCUGCGAAAGCGAUUCUAGAGAGCGAGAUGCAAUUGCGCGAGCGGGAAUUGCGUCACAUGCAGCAGCACAGCGCUCUAGCGACUCGGCAGGCACUGGACCGACAAGGGGAAGCGGAGAACGAGCUGGCAAACGAGGUCGCGAUGUACGAAAUGGCAGUUGUGGACCGAAACGCCGCGACUCGCAAGAGCGCGACGCUGGCAGCGGAGCUUGAAGCGGUGGAGACAAAGUGGAAAGAGGAGCAGGGGAAGAAUGAGGUUGCGAGGGCCGAGGCCGCGCUGGCUUCGGCAGAGCUUCAGAGGCUCAAGGAGGACAGGAGACGGCUCGUGCGGCGCGUAAAAAGUGACGCUAAGCGCGUGCGGGAGCUGUGGCAGCAACUUGCUCGGGAACAUGAGGUGAAAGUGGCAGCUCUUCAUCUCGAGCUGGAGAAGGCGCAGCAGCUGUCCAGCGGUGUGGAGCAGACAGGGUCCGAGCUCCAGCUGAAAAUGGAUGAGUCAAAGGAGGCAGAGCAGACGUCGUGGGAAGAGGUGGAUCGGAGCUUGGAGACGAAGCAGCAUCGAGCUGCGUUGGAGUUGCAGAGAGUGCGAGACGCGUGUAAGUUGCACGUGAAACGAGAGGAGGCAGCUGUAAAGGAGCGAGACGCAGCGGUGUUAGUAGCUCGAAAAGCACAGGAAGAUCUGGAUGAGAGGAAUGAGGAGCUCUGGAUGGUCAGGACAAAGUUCGCUGAUCUCGUACAGAAGCAUGAGGCGAUGGAUGCUCAGUACAAACGAUCGGCUCGUGAACGCGAGGCACAAUUUCUUGUCCGCACUCAGCACCUGAGAAAGGGGAAGCACUACGCUGAGGAAGUAUCAAGGCUGUGGAAAGAACGGAUGGCAGGAUACGAACAGGUUAUAUACGCUUUGGACACACGUCUUACAGAAGUACAGGAGCUUAGUGAAGAUGUCCGAAAUUCGGCCUGGUCCAUACCACGGGAAGCAAGCACGUCAAAGGCGUCAUCAUGCAGUCAUCGACAUUGA